AUGAGUGGAUCAAAAUCUGAUGAAAACGCUGUUGGAUCAUCCGAAUCAGCGACAUCACCAAAUAUUCGCCAACCACGACAACGUAUGGAGGGGUGCAUGGCUGAUAUUAUUCGACGAGCUGCCGUUUUGGCUAUUAAUCGUGCAUCACAUGGAAAUAUUUAUAUGCAAAUUCGUACAUUAUUUUCAAGCUCAGGUAUUGGUAUUGAUAAUUUUAAAUUAUCUCGUGAACAACAUGCAACACGUUUUGCACCAUCACUUGAUGUAUUUAAAAAACGUUUUCUUGAUUCGAUUGGUCAAAAAGAUUCACAAAUUUUCACUGAAGAUUUACGUAAUAUGAUAAUGUCCGCUAAUACUGAUCCAGAAAUUGAUUCCGUUAUUCAAGCAUUAAAAAAAUAUAGUGCAAAUACAACAAAAUUAACUGAUUAUCAUUUUGGUUCACCAGUUAUGCGUUUACUUUAUACACAAAAUAAAACUGAUUUAGCAUUACAGUUAUAUAUGGAUGAAAAUUUGAAAACUAUAUUCAAUGAUUCAGCAUCAGCACUUGUACUUAUGAAUAAAUUAAUUGAAGACAAACGUUAUGAUGAUGCAGUUAAAGUAUUUGAAUUUGGUAGUAAACGAGGAUUUUCGACAACAAGUGGACGAACUUUUCCAACCGAUGUUGUUAUGUUAGCUAUUGAAGGAUUAUAUCGACAGAAUACUAAAGAAUCAUUAGUUAAAGCCAAAGAACUUAUUACAAAAGUUAGAGAACGUGAUGCUGAUAGAAAUCCACGUACAGCUGCUAUGACAGCAUUAUUAGCUAUUCAACAAGGUGAACCUCAAUUUGCUAUGGAAGUUUUAGGAUCUGUUCGAGCACAAAAUUUUGCAACAGUACCAAAUAUUCGAGCAAUUUGUUAUUCUGAUAUGGGACGUGUUGAAGAAGCAAUAAAUGUUGUUCAUUUACUUGCUGAAAAAACACCAGUUAAUAGUGAUCGUCGACGAGUUUUUCCACUUGUAAUGCGACAUAUUCGAACAGCCGUUGAAAAAACUAAAGAUGAAAGUCUUUUAACACGUUUUGAAGAAUUAUCAAAAUUUGUUUUAAAAAAUAAUCGUCUAUCAACAACAGAUUUACCAGAAUAUCUUAGUGAACUAAUCAAUCGUCGUGGUCCAACUAGACAAAAUACACAACAAAAUGUUCGUGGUAGUUUUCAACGAACAGUUGGAAAUCUUCGUAAUCGCGGAGAUUCUAAUCAAGGAUCAGAUAAUUCAAGACAAGGAAAUAGAGCUUAUGUUUUACCACCAUUAAGACAUUUAUUAUUACAAUUAUUAACUGAAUUAGAAAUUGGAUGUUCAUUAAGUGGAAAAGAACAAGCAUCAAGAUUAUUAGGACAAUUAAUUGCAAAUACACCAAGAAUUGUUAGACCCUAUAUGCAAUCAAUAACUCAAGCACUAUUACCAUUAAUAAAAUUACAUGAACAACAUUCAAAUGUUCUUAUUGCCUUAGUACGAACAGUUGGUGAACAAGCACAAGUUUGUGGUAUUGAUCUUGAUCAACGUAUACAUGAUUUAUUUCCUAUUUUAAUAAAUAUGAUGCAAGAUACAUCAAAUUAUCGUAAACGUGAAGUAGCAUUAUGGACAAUUGGACAAAUUGUUGAAAGUUGUUGUUAUGUUAUUGAAACAUUACAAAAAUAUCCUAUUUUACUUGAUGUACUUUUACAAUUUUUAAAAUCUGAAGAAACACCAUUUCGUCGUGAAACAAUACGUGUUCUUGGUUUUCUUGGCGCAAUUGAUCCUUAUCAUGUUCGAUCAAGUAAUGAUCCUUUACGUUCAUUAUCAUAUGAUGUUAAUGAUAUAACAUUAACACAUCGUGUUCGUGAUGAACCUGAUCCAAUAGAAAUAUCUUCAAAUGAACUUUUAGUUGCAUCUGGUGCAAUAUCUUUACAUGAUUUUUAUACAAAAAUGGCAAUUAAUGUUUGUCUUCGUGUAUUAAAAGAUUCUAAUACUCCACAAUUACAUUUAAAAGCUGUUCAGGCUAUAUCAAUCAUUCUUCAAUGGCUUGGAAGUACUUGUACACAAUAUGUUUCAUUAGUUUUACCACGUUUAUUAUCUGUUGUACGUAAUACUGAUGAUAGAAAUUUAGUCCCAUAUUUUCGUCAAAUAAAUAUUAUAAUAAUAUCAAUAAAAAGUUCUAUAACACCGUAUGUUAAUGAUGUUGUACAAUUAAUACGUGAUUAUUGGGAUAGUCAUUCCGAGUUACAAAUUUUACUUAUACAAACAAUUGAAGCAUUAGCAGCUGCAUUAGAUAGUGAAUUUCAUCAUUAUAUACAUUUAUUAUUACCAUUUGUUAUGAAAACAUUUCGUAUAGAUACAAAUAAUGUUAAUAUAAAUCAAUUAUCAUCAUCAAAUCCAAAUCAAGAUAGACAAUUAAUAUUAUCACAAAUGUUUUCAACAUUAAAUAAAUUUGGUAAAACAUUAAAACCACAUUUUAAUGUUGUUUUACCAUCAAUAUUAGAUAUUGCAUCAACAAGUGCCUAUCCAAUUAAAUUACGACAAGAAGCAUUAGAUACAAUUGAACAAUUGGCUGAUAAAGUUUUCUUAAGUGAUUAUGUAUCUGCUAUAUUACAAAUCUUAUUACGUAUUAUACGUAAAACAACACAAUUACAAAUGAAAUGUUUAGAUAUAAUAUUAAUAUUAGCACAACAAAUGGGCAAACAUUUUCUUGUAUUUAGUUCACUUGUAUCAAAAACAAUGGAUGAAAUGAAAUUACAACAUUCAAAAUAUGAAUUAUAUAUAUCAAAAUUAAAAGAUUCAUCAUUUGUUGAUGUACAAUCAGAAAUAAUAAUUAAUUCAAAUAAUUUAUUAAAUCAAACAACAGGUGAACAGAAAACAAAAGAUGAAAAAAUGUUAUAUACAAUGCGUACAGUUCAAUUAAGUGCACAUUGGACACAAGCUAUGCAAAGAAAUGCAAAAGAUUUACCAAUG